CACUGCUUAGCCAUUAUGUACUGCGCUUCUUCUGGCUUCCGGUUGUGCCUCCAUUGGACGUCUGUCAUAUACAAGUAUGGCACUAAAUCGCUUGUUCCAGCUAUCUAAGUUGCUGCAUUCUGCGAUUUCUGGAACUCUGCGGAGGAACAUCGGGAUAUCUGCCGUGGCCUUCAACCGAGCUAAGGACCUCGACCCUGUGCAAAGGCUUUUCUUAGACAAGAUCCGCGAGUAUAACUCUAAUAGCAAGACCACAGGAGGUGUGGUUGAUGCCGGUCCAGCAUAUCAAAAGAACCUGUCUGAGGAGAUGACCAAACUCCAGCGCUUAUAUGGGGGUGGUGACCUCACCAAAUUUCCAGACUUCAAGUUUCCUGAGCCCAAACUGGAUGAGGUGGUGUCUAAGUGAGAAGAUUUCACUGAUUAUGUUGUUCUGUCUUGUUAUGUAUAUAAUAAACUACCAAAUGUAACAUGA